AUGGCCUUUUCUACCGGCAUUGGUGACCGCGGCGGUCUGCGCUCACCUCGCGAGGAGCAGUCGUCGUUUGCUGCCCUCGGCCUCACGUCUCCCCUGCGCAGCACCUUUGGCUCCCAGGCUGCCAACUCCAGCGCUGGCGAUGUGCGUGGCCAGCUGCACCGACGCUUCACUACGAACAACAUGCCGACUCUCAACACCCCGUUGUCGCCGAUCGGCCAGCAGCGCAGGCAAGCCGCUGAGCCACAGGAAUUCACUACUGCGACCUAUCACAAGCUUCAAGUGCUCGAAAAGAAGAAGCUUGAGUACGAAUACUUGAAGGAACAGCGAAGACGCUUUGAGGCUGAGAUGGAGCUUAUUGAUUUGCAGUCUCGACGCGGCGAGGAGGAAAUCCACCGUCUUUCUUCUGAAGUCCGUUACGGCAAGCCCGCACACAGCCAGCCCACCACUCCACCUGAGUACAGCGAUAACGGUUUCCCAAACGCCUUUUCACGUCCAAACCGUUUCAGCAUGUCUAGCAUUCAGCCCGCUAAGAUCACUCCUCGUGGCAGCCGUGCCAACUCCCAGGUCACCUCACCCCCAAGCAGCUCAUUCUUCAACAACAACAACAACAACAACAACAACAACGGUCUGCCGUCCCAGUCUGUGCCAGGCACACGCCGCAACUCAGACGAGGACCAUGACGACUUCGACAACGAUGACUUCACUCCUCUGAGCCCAGUUUCCCGAAAGAACAACCGCAUGUCUAUGCCCGUGACUGGCCUUGACCUUCGCGGCCGUGACAACCUCCCAGACCUGGCAUCUGUUCUCGGCCACAUCGACACUACCGGCUAUCUGUUUGGCGAGGAGGACAAGGAGCACAAUCCGGCCGCCUCUCCGGACCAUAAGGCUUAUCUCCAAAUGAGCAACACGAACGACAAGUUCCCCAUCCUUGUCCGCCGUGGCGACGCAGGUAAUGGUACGAGCCUCUCUGCCUCUUCCGCUGCGCUUGAUUUAGCCCUUUCCCAAUCCCCUGGCACGGAAUCCCAGUCCACUGGCUGGCCAAGCUACCGUACUCAUCGUCAGGCUCAACAGUCGCUUCCUGCUAACACUUUCCGUAAAGGCUCGCAGGCUGAGGAGUAUGAGAACGGCCACGCCAACGGCCAGACCACACCCAAGAACAACCGACAGUCCGUUGAGUUCAACUUUACCAGCCCUCUUAGGUCCGACAACCAACGCUCCAGCUUUGCCAGUCCUUCCAGCGGCAUGCCAAAAUUGACACAGUCAUUCUCUGCAAGCAACGUCCCCACCUUGAAGAACGGCAACGGAGCCAAUGGCAAUGGCACUAACGGAAACGUCAAUACUCACGCAGAACAACACUUCAAUCAGCACAACGCCAAUCUUGGCCGUAUCCCUCCUCACGCUGUGUCCCACCGCCACAGCCGUGAGCUGUCUACUGGUUUCAAGGAGCAGGAGUAUCGUCCUGUCUCGUCUGGCCUGCACGCGAGCGCUGCUCCCUUCGGCCCCGCCAUCACUUCCACAGCGCCGGUCAGCGGUUCUGUCAGCAGCACAGUUGGCUCCCCAACCAUGUCGCAGUACUCUGGCGCCACUGCUGGCAACGCCCCUUACUACGGAUAUGGCAUGAACAUGCUCAAUGGUGCUAUGAACGGCAUGUCCCUUGGCUCUCAGUACGGUGGCCCUCCACCUUACGGACCCAACGGCGUGUACCCCGGUGCUGGCCAGUACUACAACCCAUACGCCACUUACGGGCCCAAUGGCCGCAUCCAAGACAGCCAAGCUCGCGUUAUCCAGAGCCGCCGCAUGCAGAAUGAUGCCAACCGCUUCAUGAACUAUGAUCUGAAGACCAUGCCACGCCACGAGAUCUACAGCCUGUGCAAGGACCAGCAUGGGUGCCGCUUCCUGCAAAAGAAGCUCGAGGAGCACAACACAGAGCACCUUCAGAUCAUCUUUGAUGAGACCGCUCCUCAUGUUGUCGAACUCAUGACUGAUCCUUUCGGCAACUACCUCUGUCAGAAACUUCUAGAGUUCACCAACGACGAGCAGCGCAACACUCUCGUCCGCAACGCUGCUCCAGCUAUGGUUUCCAUCGCACUGAACCAGCAUGGUACUCGAGCCCUGCAGAAGAUGAUCGAGUUCAUCUCUACCGAGGAGCAGACCCAGAUCAUCAUCCAAGCCUUGUCAGGCCAGGUCGUCGACCUCAUUCAAGACUUGAACGGUAACCAUGUCAUCCAAAAGUGUCUCAACCACCUCAAGUCUUCGGAGGCCCAGUUCAUCUUCGAUGCUGUGGGCGAGCACUGCAUCACUGUUGGUACCCACCGUCAUGGCUGCUGUGUUCUUCAGCGCUGCAUCGACCAUGCCUCGGGCUUCCAGAAGGUCGACCUUGUGCGCCAGAUUACUGCACACAGCUUCCACCUCGUGCAAGACCCCUUCGGUAACUACGUUGUCCAGUACAUCCUCGAUCUGAACGAUCCCAACUUUACGACACCGAUGUGCCUUGGCUUCAAGGGCAAGAUCGCCGAGCUCUCUAUGCAGAAGUUCAGCUCCAACGUCAUCGAGAAGUGCAUCCGCUGCGCUGAGAUGUCGACCAAGGCUGCCAUGAUCGAGGAGCUGCUCGACGUUGAACAGCUCGAGAGGCUCAUGCGCGACUCUUACGGCAACUACGUCAUCCAGACUGCUCUCGAGUUCGCUCCGCCUGAGCUGUGCAUGCACCUCAUUGAGGCCAUGCGCCCCAUUCUGCCCCAGAUCCGCCAAACACCUUACGGCCGACGCAUUCAAACCAAGGUUCAGGAGCGUGAGGGACGUCUUGCUGCCUUUACUGGCCGUGCUCCAUCUGGCCACGUUUCCCCGAGCACCGUCUCUGGAGCGCAGACUACCGAAGCCGGUCCUUCCUACCAGCCUCCUAUGUACACCGCCUCUGCCAAUUAUGGCGCCAACAUCGCUUCACCUCAACCGCACCGUCAGCCGCACCGCUUGAGCAACCCGCCUAUGCCUCACCAUUUCAACAACUCUGUACACAACCCGGCCUACCAGCAGUACGGCGUGGCUCAGCCCGCUGGAGUGAGCAACUUUUUCUAG